GGGGGAAGGUGCAGGACGUGGUACAAAAAGGCAAAGUGGGGGAGAACUGCUGUUGGUGUGGAUUCACAGUAUUGGCUUCAGGCAGCGAUAUUAAUUGAUUGCAGACCUGGAUCUCAGAGCACGUUCUGACAGAAAGCGGAGUCAUCAGGGUCUGAAUAUCACUGGCAUUUAACUGUGGAAGGAAAGAGGCCUUUGAACAUUGAAGAAAAAAGCACUGUUCACACCAGGGAGAAACACCUAUUGGCUGUGUGUGGAAGAUUAAUCUGAAAUGUCCGAACGUCAGCGCAGUCACCCAGGGGAGAGACUGUGGAAAUGUGAGGAUUGCGGGAGGAGAUUUCUUUACCCAUCGCAGCUGCAAAUACACCAACGCAGUCACACUGGGGAGAAGCCAUUCACCUGCUCUGAUUGUGGGAUGGGAUUCACACAGUCAUCCAACCUGCUGAAACAUCAACGAGUUCACACUGGGGAGAGACCAUUCACUUGCUCUUUGUGUGGGAAAGGAUUCAUGCAGACAUCUCACCUGCUGAAACACCAGCGAGUGCACACAGGAGAGAGACCAUUCAGUUGCUCUGUGUGUGAAAAAGAAUUUGCUUUGUCAUCCAGCCUGCAGGUACACCAGCGAGUUCACAAUGGGGAGAGACCAUUCACUUGCUCCAUGUGUGGGAAAGGAUUUGUUUCGUCAACCAACCUGCUGAGGCACCAGCGAGUUCACACCGGGGAGAAAGCAUUCACCUGUUCUGUGUGUGGGAAAGGAUUCACUCAGUCAUCCUCCCUGCAGGAGCACCAGCGAGUUCACACUGGGAAGAGACCAUUCACCUGUUCUCAAUGUGGGAAAGGAUUCACUCGCGCAUCUAAAUUACUGGUCCACCAGCGGGUUCACACUGGGGAGAAACCAUUCACUUGUUCACAGUGUGGGAAGGGAUUUACUCACUCCUCCAACCUGCUGAGGCACCAGCGAGUUCAUACUGGGGAGAGACCAUUCACCUGUCUGGAGUGUGGGAAAGGGUUCUCUCAGACAAUUCACCUGCUGGUCCACCAGCGAGUUCACACCGGGGAGAAACCAUUCACUUGUUCAGAGUGUGGGAAGGGAUUUACUCACUCCUCCAACCUGCUGAGGCACCAGCGAGUUCAUGCUGGGGAGAGAUCAUUCACCUCUUCCAAGUGUGGAUAAGUCUUUGCUGAUUCAUCCUCCCUGUUGAUACACCAGCAAGUUCACUGUGGGGACAGACCAUUCACUUGCUGCAUAUGUGGAAAGGGAUUCGCUCAGUCAUCCAAACUGUUAACACACCAGCAUGUUCAACAAGAAUCAGAGUUGAAGGAUUUUGCUCUUACUCACAUCAAGGAAUGAACUGUGGUCUUUGGACUGUUUGUACUGAUGUUAUUAACCCCUGCUCAAAAUUUGGCUUUCUACUGGGGAAAUAAGGCAGGGCAGGUGACCGAGGUGUCAGUAGGGGAAUACUUUGGGGCCCAUAAUCAUUAUUUUAAAAGUAAUAUUUCGUUAUAGAAAAGGAUAGGUCUGGUCUGAAAAUUAAAGUCCUAAAUUGAUGUAAGGCCAAUUUUGACAUACUUAUGCUCCUUAAAGAUCAACAAGGCUGCCUAUGUGUGGAGAAACAGGUGAUGCCAAAUGAGUAUUCCAAUAUGUCCGUCCAUGCUAACCCCAUUUCCUUGCACUUGGCCCAUAUGCUUACAGUCCUUUCCUAUCCAUGUAUUUGUCCAAAUGCCUUUUCAAUGUGUUA